AUGAAACUCGAUGAGAUCAUAGUUCAACAAAAUCCUCAGAAUGUCAGCACUUACAUGAAGUAUCAAUUUUUAUUUGUUGGUGGUGAUUUUAAUGGUCAUAUUGGUGCGAGAGCAGAUGGGUAUCAAGGUGUUCAUGGUGGGUUUGGUUAUGGUGUUAGAAAUGACAAUGGUUCGACGCUUUUGGAAUUUACAACAGCACAUGAUUUAGUGAUUGUUAACUCUUGUUUCCGCAAGCGUGAUGACAAUCUAAUUACUUUUAGGAGUGGGGGACAUGCCACUCAAAUUGAUUAUCUUCUUAUUCGCAGUAGAGAUUUCAGAUUUUGUUCAUAUUGUAAGGUUUUUCCAGUGGAAGCUUGUGCUUCACAGCACCGUCUUUUAGUCAUGGAUUUGUCUUUGGAUGGCCCACCUAUGGAGGGAUUGAGAGUUGUCACACCUCGAAUUCUGUGGCGUAAUUUACAUGGAUCGAAAGUAGCAGAAUUUAAGGACAUGCUUGAGGGUUUUUUUAGGUUGGAAGAUGAUGUUGAUCAAAUGUGGAUACGUAUGGCUGAUUUAAUUCGAGGUGUGGCACGGAGGACGUUGGGAGUGGCUUCAGGGAAUAUAAAGGAGCAGAGAGAAUCUUGGUGGUGGAAUGAUGAUGUAAAAGCCAAAGUGCAAUUUAAGAAAGGAUGCUUUUUGGAAUUCAUGUCGUGUCCAGAAGGGCCAGAUCGGCAUAUAAAGCGGGAGUUAUUUAAACUUGCAAAAAGAAUGGCUAAACAGGCAGUUGCGGAAGCGAAAACUAAGGCGUAUCAAGACGUGUAUAGGCGUCUAGGUACUAAGGAGGGAGUGAAUGAAAUUUUUAAACUUGCAAAAGCACGUAACAAGCGCAGUCAGGAUAUUGGUGCGGUUCGAUAUAUAAAGGACGAGGGUGACCGGGUUUUGCUUUAUGAUGGGGAUAUUAUAGCGAGAUGGGGCAGGUAUUUCUCUAAGUUAUUUAACGUAGCUCGAGGGAGGGAGAUUGUAUUCGAGCAAGAGAAUGUCAAUGUUUCUCACAAUGAUGUUGGUAUGAGUCAAGAUAUUACUAUGGCAGAGGUCCGCGUAGCUUUAGGCAUGAUGGGUAAGGGUAAAACAGUUGGGCUUGAUGAGAUUCCGAUUGAGGUGUGGCAGUGUUUGGGGGAACAUGGGGUACGAUGGUUAACAGCUCUUCUUAAUGUUAUAUUUCGGACAUCCAGGAUGCCGAGUGAGUGGCGAUUAAGUGUUGUUGUACCCAUCUAUAAAAAUAAAGGUGAUGCUCAAAGUUGUAGUAAUUAUCGUGGUAUUAAGCUGCUUAGUCAUACGAUGAAACUUUGGGAACGAGUUAUUGAGUGCAGGAUUCGAAGAAUUGUUACCAUUUCAGUGAAUCAAUUUGGUUUUAUGCCUGGGAGUAGGGGUGAGCAUAACUGGAUAUCCGGUCCAGUUAUGAAUUAUAAACCGGAUAUCCGGUUUUUCGGAUCACUAAAAUUUCAUUCCGGUUUCGGUUUAACCGGAUAUCCGGAUAUUCGGAUAUCCUUUUAA